AUGCAGCAAAUCCCGAGAAAGAAGCUACAGGCGAGGCUAGGCCACUGGUGGCAACGCCACCGGCCGUUUCACGCGGGAAAGCAGCAGCCGCUGGAGCCACGUCAGGAGGCGCCACAUGAGGAUUUGGGCGGUGAGAGUUGGGAUUCUAGAGGGGAAGGCAGAGGAGGAAAGGUGAGGAUCAUGAAAAGUUUAUCAGAGCAAUACCCGGGACAGGAGAGAUUUAUAGCAGGGCAGGAGACGCGUGUACGGGGGAUUCAGGAAAGGGAGGUGGCGGGAUCUCGUGAGGAGCAAGGCCUUUUACACGUGGAGAAGACAGGAGUUGAAGAGAAGGGAGUUCGGGUUUCUGGCAGAACUGGAGCAGCUAGUAGCGAGGAUAUGGAAGGGGCGGUGUGUUUGGACGGUGGUUUGGCAGUUGGGGUGAAGGGGCGUGUGGAGGAGCAGGAACAGCAGGAGCAGAAGGAGAACGAGAAGAAGGAGCAGGAGCAGGAGGAAGGGGAGGAGGAGGGGGAGGAGCCGAACAAGGGGGGGCCGCAAGGGGGAGGAGAUGGCAAGGAGCAACAGGUAAAUCGAGAGGGAAGGGAGAAGGGGAGAAUUCAGGGGCAGGGAAGUGAACAGGAACGCGGGAAGCAGCAGCAAAGGGAGCAGCACGGGCAGCAGCAGCAAGGGGAGCAGCAGGAGCAAGGGCUGAAGGAGGUGCUAGUUGAGUGGACGCCGCAUGAAAGUGAGUUGCUGGAACAGCAGAUAGUGCAGCAGCAGAGUUUACGGCAGCAGAGUGGAAAACCCAUGAAGCUAGGAAUAGGGAUCACCUCAGAGGAGCUGCAGCAGGUGCUGCAGCAGAGUACGCAGCAAUCGACGCUGGCAAUCGGAACCACCUCAGAGCAGCAGCUGGGUGGGCAGCAGGCGAGUGGGCAGCAGGCGAGUGGGCAGCAGAAUUCGCAGCAGCAGAGUGGGCAGCCCAUGAAGCUAGCGAUCGGGACCACCUCAGAGCAACAACAGGUGCUGCAGCAGCUGCUCGUUCAGUGGCAAGCGGGGCAGCUUCAAGGGGGGACGCCGCAACCCAAUGACCAGCUGCCACCCGCCGAAACUCCUUCACAUACCCUCGCAGCCACAGUACCCCCUCCGCCUGUUCUCCUCAUACCAUUCCGCACUCCUCCCAUCACUCCUCUCCCCACUCCUCUCAUCACUCCUCUCGUCACUCCUCUCGUCACUCCUCUCGUCACUCCUCUCCUCACGCCUCUCCCCACUCCUACUCUCCUCACUCUCUCCCUCCGCUGCACCCCCGCCGAUCCUCCUCCCCACGCGCUCCCCCGUCCCUCCCCUCCACCUCCUCCUCCUCCUCCUCCUCCUCCCCGUCCCCCUCCUCCUCUCCUGCCGUCUCCCCCUCUGCCGCCCUCCACCCCCCUAGCGGAGGCACCAGCAGCAACAGCAGAGGGGGAGGAGUGGGGGGGAGGAUGGGGAGGGGACGGCAAGGGCACAGGAGGGCUGCCUCUGCUGAUAGUUUCAAGUCAUCAUCCCUCGCAGAAUCUUACUUCUCAAGCUCUCCCCUUGCAGCAGCAAGCGGUGCUGCCGGUGCAGCAGCGCAUGCCACGUGCCGAAACGAUUGCUGCUGGAGGAAACAACCUCUUACAGAGGAGAAAUGAUAUCCCUUCCUUUAAAGACAACAACCUUCUUUCUCCUAACAGCAGCAGCAGCAGCAGCAGCCUCCUAUCCCCUCGUAACCGCCUCCUUUCGCCAAUUAGCCGCCCCCAUUUCGCUAAUAGCCGCCUCGUUUCCUCUAGUAACAGCCUCCUUUCGCCAAAUAACCGACUCCUGUCUCCCUCUGGCAGCCACCCCUUCGCCCCUACCUCUCCCCUCUCGCCAAUGCCGGGUUUCUCGCCGGCUUUUUCGCCUGCCCGGAGGUCUAUUCAGCUGCCCAGGUCCCCUUCUGCUGGCUCUGCCCUUGUAGCGGAGGCUUUAGCAGAGAUUAUAGAGGAUGAGGAGUCGGAUAGUAGCAGCUCGUCUGAAGGGGAGGCGGUGGGGGAGGAGGUGGAUGAGGAGGAGGAGGUGGAGGAGGAGGAGGAGGAGGGUUGGGGAGAGGAGGGAGAGUGGAGUGAUGGGGAGUGGGAGUGUGGGUGCCGAGACGAUCAGAGGCAGGAGAACGAGGAGAAAGAGGAGGGUGUGGAGGGAGAAGAGGGUGGAGAGGGGAAGGGGAGGAAGGAGAGUGAGGGAGGAGAGGUGAGAGGGAGGAGGGCGGCAGAAGGGUUGGAAACAGAGAGCAGAGGCACAAGGAGUGGUGGGAGUGGGGCUGUAUGCUCAAGAUUGGCAGGUCACACCGUGUUCUCCUCAGCUCUCCCUCAGACCUCACCGAAUCAUCCUUCGGUUUCAUCGCCUCUCCCUGCCUCGUGCCUUAUGCGUCACACAGUGUUCACCAACCUCCUCAGCUCUCCCCUAGACCUCACCGAAUACUCUUUAGGAUUCAUCGCCUCCCUCUGCCUCACACCCAAGAGCGCCACACUCUGUUGCCCUCCCUCAACAGGUCACACUGUUUUCACCAACCUCCUCAGCGCCUUCCUAGACCUCCUAGACCUCCUCACCGAAUCCUCCUUCGCUUCUAUUGCCGCUCUCUGCAUCUCCCCAGCAGGUCACACAGUCUUCACCAACCUCCUCAGUUCUCUGCUAGACCUCACCGAAUCAUCCUUCGGCUUCCUCGCUUCCCUCUACCUCAUACCUUCAAAUGCUCCUCCUUUCCUUCCCUCUUCCCUCGUCCCCUCUCCCAGUCCCCAACAGGUCAGACAAUCCCACGCCAUCAACAACGUAGGCUGGACGGAUCAGCUGCACGGAACCUUCCUGGACGCUUCCUCUUCAACUGGGCUUCUACUCUCCCCCCUUGACCCAACGGGUCUCUUUGGCCGGGCGGCUGUGAGAGGGGAGGCGGUGUGGCAGAACAAUGCCGUGCCGCCUGCUGCUCUCCCCAAGGGACAUCCCAAGCUCUCCUCCGCUCUCUGCAUACCCUUGACCUGUGAACUCUUCCUCUUUGGCCGGGCGGCUGUGAGAGGGGAGGCGGUGUGGAGGAACAAUGCGGUGCCGCCUGCUGCUCUACCCAAGGGCCUUCCCAAGCUCUCGUCGGCCCUCUGCUUACCCCUGACCUGUGCACUGCGUCUCUCUGGCCGGGCGGUGCUGAGGGGAGAGGCGGCGUGGAGGAACAAUGCGGUGCCGCCUGCUGCUCUACCCAAGGGCCUUCCCAAGCUCUCGUCGGCCCUCUGCUUACCCCUGACCUGUGCACUGCGUCUCUCUGGCCGGGCGGUGCUGAGGGGAGAGGCGGCGUGGAGGAACAAUGCCGUGCCGCCUGCUGCUCUGCCCAAGGGCCAUCCCAAGCUCUCCUCCGCCCUCUGUAUUCCGUUGACCUGUGGUGAGUCUUUGCUCCUUUGCUUGUACCUCUCCCCUCUGUGCCCUGUGAGACUCUUUGGCCGGGUGGCUGUGAGAGGGGAGGCGGUGUGGCGGAACAAUGCAGUGCCGCCUGCUGCUCUGCCCAAGGGACAUCCCAAGCUCCCCCUCCGCUCUCUGCAUCCCGUUGACCUGUGUGAGCAGGGAGGCGGCCCCUGUAUCAUCGGCGUUGCGAUGGUUGGUAACCGCAUCGGCGGUUACAACCAAUCCUUGGUGCGGGCGGUGCAGCCUGUGACCAGCACUGCUGCAGCCUGCCUGUUCGAGCUGCACUGGCGGGCUGCUGGCGGAAGGAGGCUCAGAAAGAAAAUGGUUUCAAUUGCUGAGUGUGGUGCAAGCAGUGUGACCACCACUGCUGCUGCCUGCCUGUUCGGGUUGCACUGGCGGGCUGCUGGGGGGAGGCGAUUGCGGAAGAAGACGGCUUUGAUGGGAGAGCCUUCGUUCGCCCCGUCUCUACCUCUCUGCCUGCAGAUUGGCCGGAUCCGCAUCAGUCCAGCUGGGCGCAUUGCUGGCAUGGACGCUCCUGCUCAAGCCAUCUUCUCCCUGCUGCCACCCCAUGCAUUCAUCCCACACACCCUUGCUCUCACUCCACGCAUGUGCUCUCACUCCACGCAUGUGCUCUCACUCCACGCAUGUGCUCUCACUCCACGCAUGUGCUCUCACUCCACGCAUGUGCUCUCACUCCACGCAUGUGCUCUCACUCCACGCAUGUGCUCUCACUCCACGCAUGUGCUCACAGGUUGGCGGAAUCCACAUCAGUUUAUCUGGGCGCGUUGCUGGUUGGUCGGAUUCGCAUCAGUGCAGCUGGCCGCAUUGCUGGCAUGGACGCUCCUGCAAGAUCCAUCUUCUCCCUGCUGCCGUCGCUGCAGCAGUUAG